AUGUCGCGUAUAUUCGAACAGUAUGGUGAAUUUUGUGCAACACAUCCAUACGAAGUGAUUUUUGCAGUUGUAACAUUGACCACUAGUUUUCUGACUAUUGAAAGAAGCCACGCUCCACUGGUACAAAACACCAAUGAACAAUUCAAUGCCAUUAACGUGGUGUGCAUGACGGUAAUCCGAUGCUUUGCCAUAUUAUACAGCUACCACCAAUUCAGAAAUUUGAAGAAACUAGGUUCGAAUUACAUUUUGGGAAUUGCAGGGCUGUUUGUAGUGUUUGCCAGCUUUGUAUUUACAUCAACGGUGCUUAAUUUAAUGCAAAUUGAGUUUGCCCAAUUAAAGGAUGCACUGUUUUUCUUUUUACUACUAAUUGAUUUAUCUAAAGCUGCCACAUUAGCUCAAUUUGCUUUAACAGCUACAUCAAAAGAGGAGAUUAGCCUUAAAAUAGCCAGGGGGAUUUCUGUUUUGGGACCACAUUUAACUCUGGAUACAAUUGUUGAGACUCUGGUGAUAGGAGUUGGCACUUUAUCGGGGGUGGAUAGACUUGAGAUUGUUUCCUAUUUUGCAUGCCUUUCGGUUAUUGUUAAUUAUAUUAUAUUUAUGACUGUAUACCCUGCUUGCUUAUCUCUUAUGCUGGAACUGGUGAAAAUAACGAAUUAUUAUGACAAGAAUCAUCCUGUAAUUAAGAAAUUGUUGCUUGAGGAGCAUGAGAAAUCUAACCCAGCUGUACAAAGGGUGAAAAUUAUUAUGUCAAUGGGGUUGAUGAUUGUGCAUAUUUACAGUAGAUGGACUAUAGAUAAUGUAGUUAAACAACCUGGUUCCAUUUCUUUGGAUAAAAAUGUUUACAUUACUGAAGAUACUUCUUUUUACAGUCUUAUACUGAAGCAAUUGCAAAUUAGCUUAGAUCACAUUGUUAUUUUAACUUUGCUUAUUACUUUGAUGAUUAAAUUUAUUUUCUUUGAGUCCAAAGACAACAUUAGGGAACAAAUUAAGCAGGAUACUUUGGAGGAGUUGCAGAAAAAAAUUGUCAGGGAAAGAAGAAGGACCAUAUCAUCCAGUGUAGAGGUACAAACAGAAUGUUGCUAUGCUGUUACAGUACCCAGUGAUAAUGUAGAAGGUACAAAUACAGAUGUUUGUAGAAAACUUAAAGAUUGCUUGGAAAUAUUCAGAUCCAAGCAACCAGAUCAACUAAGUGAUAAUGAAAUAAUGCUAUUGGUUGAUACAAAACAUAUCCCCCCAUAUGAUCUGGAGAAGGCCUUGGGGAACCCCGAAAGAGGCGUCAAAAUACGCAGAAAAAUAAUUCAAAACCUCAUCAACAGCAACGCAUUGGAAACUCUACCAUACCGCGAAUACGACUACAGUAAAGUAAUGGGCGCUUGUUGCGAAAAUGUCGUGGGCUAUGUCCCAUUGCCUCUUGGUGUAGCCGGUCCACUAAACCUAGACGGCAACAUGUUUUAUAUUCCAAUGGCAACAACCGAAGGUUGCUUGGUCGCGAGCACCAACAGGGGCUGCAAGGCAGUGGAGAAGUGCGGAAUAACAAGUCGCAUUGUUGCCGACGGAAUGACCCGAGGUCCCGUGGUUCGGUUUUGUUCGGUUGCGAAAGCUAGCGAGGCAAUGGCAUGGAUAAACAACAAGGAUAACUAUGCUUUGUUAAAGGAGAGUUUUGAUUCCACCAGUAGGUUUGCCAGGUUGUUAAGAAUUACCAUGCAUAUUGCUGGAAGAUAUUUAUUUAUUAGAUUUGUAGCUGAAACAGGAGACGCCAUGGGCAUGAACAUGGUAUCGAAAGGUACCGAACAAUCUUUAAAACGUUUACACCGGGAAUUCCCCGAAAUGGAGGUGUUAAGUCUAAGCGGUAAUGUUUGUACCGAUAAAAAACCGUCGGCAUUAAAUUGGAUACAGGGUAGAGGAAAAAGUGUGGUGUGUGAAGCCAUAAUACCAGCUGACGUAGUUAGUUCUGUACUAAAGACUAAUUCCCAUACUAUGGUCGACUUGAAUUUGACCAAAAACAUGAUUGGGUCUGCUAUGGCGGGAAGCAUAGGAGGCUUCAAUGCGCACGCGGCAAACGUGGUGACCGCCAUGUUCAUAGCAACUGGUCAAGAUCCGGCCCAAAACGUCUCGAGCAGCAACUGCAUCACCAUAAUGGAGCCGUGGGCGGAGAACGGCCAAGAUCUCUACAUAUCCUGCACGAUGCCGUCGUUGGAAAUCGGCACGAUAGGGGGCGGCACCAUUCUUCCCGCCCAGUCGGCCUGCCUGGACAUGCUGGGCGUGAAAGGUCCGCACGCGACCGAGCACGGCCGGAACGCGAAGCAGCUGGCCAGGGUGAUAUGCGGCGCCGUGUUGGCCGCAGAGCUGUCGCUGAUGGCCGCCCUGGCCAGCGGCCAUUUGGUCAAAAGUCAUUUGAAAUACAACAGGUCGUACUCUGAGAAAGAUAGUCUGCCGGCCAGUAGUUCAUGUGAUACGUAG